CAAAUCUGCAUCACUUCAACAAUAGCCUGCUUCCCGUCCUAUCCAUUAGCAAGAAAACUUAAAAAGGAGAAAUGGCAACGUAAUCUAUAAAACCGCCGCCUGCAUCAAAUCGUAUUGUUGUUUAUUGUGUUCGCGGGUCCGAGUCAAAAGUACCUAUAUUAUAGUUUUAAGUUUUGUUCGCAGUUUCUUGAUAGCUUGUGAUUAAAAAUGAGUUUGCCAUUAUUACUGAUUACCAUUGCUGCACUGAUAGCUCAGGCCUUAUCAGCAACACUACCCGUACCAAAAGAAAGCGCCGAAACGCCAACCGAAAAUGUAGAAACCUUCGAUUCCUAUGCAGUACGAAAUCUUCCUGAACAGCUACCUCUUAGAAUCCAACUACCUCGAGAAGAACCACCAAGCGUUCCAUUCUAUGCUGAUCAACCUGAACAGUACCUAAGGGCACCACAGCUCGUUGCAAAUCCUCAACCCAACUUUUACCAAGUACCCGUUCCUUCUGAAUAUCUAACAGCACCAACGGAGGGAGCGUGGAAUCCUAAUGAUGAUCCCACUCUGUACUAUGAAUUGCCAGCAUCUAUAACAAGAGAAAAUAUUCCAACAAAUGAAUACCCUAAAAAAUACAACAAAGAUGUGCAUGGUAAAAGUAAACCGUUAUCUUUAGUGCCAAAACACGAAAUUGAGUUGGAACCCAUCAAUGAAUCUCAAUACAUCCAGAAACAAAAGGAACUUUACAAAACUAUUCAGCAACUGAACAAGAAACAAAAUUUAAAGGAUGUUGCGCAAGAAAAGGUACCUGUACGCUAUACUAAAAAACCAAUCAUCACUAAAACCAGACCGAAAGACACACAAACAACUAAACUUCCAAAAAUAGUACGUACAACGACGACAUCUCGGCCAGUCGAAAUUGAUGACCCUACUAAUUCCGAAACUAUCUUUGGGCAAAAUAUUAACACAGAGUCAGAACACCGUGACCCUAAUACAUUUACUAAAGGACUAUCACCUGAAAUAACAAACUCAUUGGGACUAUCAUCUAAUCCUGGGGACAAGAAUGACAGGGUGCUUUUCCACAUGGUGGGGCAUGACGGACCUAUGAGCUACAAAUGGGGAUAUGACACUGGCAAAGGACACAACCGACAGUUUAGAUUCGAAGAGAGAGACAAGGAGGGUAUCGUAAAAGGACAAUAUGGUUAUUACGAUAAGGAAGGAAAAUUCAGGAUGAUGAAUUAUAACGCACAUCCCGACCACGGUUUUCAUUCGGAACCUGCACCAGAGAGCGAGUUUAAAGAAUGAAGAGACAAUUAUGUUUUCUAUUUGUGGUAUAAUGUUCCCCAAUCUUUCGAUUAUCGCUACUAGUAUUGGUAGAAUCUUUAGCUAAAUUAAUAAAAUAAAUUAAACUUUUUUUUUCCAAAUAGACGAGAAGAGGAUGUGUUCUUUGCGACGACCCUCUAGUAUUUAACCUCAAAUCCUUACAAUCGGACACAGUUAGGUAGGGUACCUACUUCUAAAGGUAUCUGUUAAAAUGGACAAACUAGUGCACCUGUUAGCAAUUUCGUUUAUGAAAAAUACGAUAUUUAUCUACGCUAAUUUGAAACUAAUUGUUUCCCAGUUGUGUUAAAUUUAUAGCAAAGUUCAUCAAUUAUUUGUUGAUUUAAAAUAAUUACGGAAACAAUUAAUCCUUCAAAACAAAGCCAAUAAUCUAAUAAGUACCUACUACCUAUUCAAUAAAAAAACAUUGCCUAUUAAAAGUGAUUUCCAUAAUUGUCGUUACUUCUAUGUUAGUCUCGUUCUUUGUGUUAAAUUUUUUUUUCUUUUGUAGGUAUAGCCUAGCGUUUUAGCUGUUAGCUUUAAUAAUUUUACCAUAACAUGCAAAAAACAAUAUUUUGUUGUAAAAUGAAAUUGUAAGUUUGUAUUUUUAAGUGACAUGUGUUAUUUUGUGGUUUUUUACUGUUUUAAAUGAAUUGAUUUAUUGCCAAAUUGUAUUUUGUAAUAUAUUAAUAAAGCUGUUUGUUUAAAUUGAAA